AUGGCCAACGCCUCGGUUGAGCCGAUUGAAGGCCCUCAAGUCCCAGCUUGGGAUGUCUUGGACACGCCAGAUGACGACUCAAUUAUUCGGAACCUGGACGACGCCGAGGCCAUCUUGCAACCUGCCCUCAGUGCCAGGGCUAGGCAUUUAACCUCUCAAAACACCCCGGCAAUCGAAAAGGUAGCAGCACUAGAAAGGAAUAGAAGCGGUUUCUUCGAUAUACCCUCAGAUGGUGAUGGUGACUCGAGUCCCGAGCCAAUCUCGUCGCCGGAGAGGUCGCCAGAGAUACCCGAGACGCCAAGACUAGGUCAGUUACCAAAUGGCCAGCCAGUCCGGGAUCCUCUGCCUUCGCCAUGGCGAGCCGAACCGAGACCAAUCAACACCAAACCCUCGACAUCACGUCCUUCGAAGGGAAUUCUAGGGUCUGCUCUUGGGCCAACCAGGAAUCGAUCAAGAUCGGCAGGCCAGGAGGCAUUGAGAAGAAUUUCAAAAGCAUUCCCGUCUCUCAGCUCACCCUCACACCUCUUGCCCUCCCUCCCGAGCUCCUUCUUCUCAAGCUUUACCGAUAAACCCAGCACGAGCGCCUCCAGCAAGCUCAACCAGUCGUCAUCAACCACCCAGUUCCAAUCUUCCAGAAAUGUCCCCGGCUCAAUACUAUCCCAAACCCCACAGACAAGGGCUCAGACUCUUCCCACCCAAGCCAAAACUGCCAGUCCGCGGUCGAUCCCUCCUUCUGGAUCACGCCCGAAUAUACUUCGCCGGGUGACCUCCGAUGAUAGCCUUCUCUACCACAGUCUCUCGCGAGCAUCUUCCCUCGGUAACGAUGAUCAAUUUCAUGACGUGCGUGAGAUGGUCAACACCCGGCUUAUGGCUCUCAAAGAUAGCCUUCCAUAUGUGCCAAAUUUCAAAAUGCCUAACCUGCCAAAACUCUACCAGCAAGCCAGAAAGUCGACGCUUUCUCUCCCCACUGUGUACUCAACUGACGCUCUCGGGCAGUCGGCUGAAAAUACACCGCGGGAGUCCCGAACAGCUUCAAAAGACCCAUCUACGGCUCUCGAUCGCGUUCUCGAAGAACUCGCGGGUGAUGUAGUAAUCAUGGGGGGAUACCGAGGAUCGGUCCUGAGGUCGGCAGAGGCCCCUCACCAACAACUCUGGGCUCCGGUCAAGCUCGGUCUUAACAUGCGGAAAGCCAAUCUCAAGGUUGGUCUGGAGGAUGAAGAUGAAGAGAGGAUGGAAGAGACCAUCAUUCCGUCUGGAAUGUUGACACACAUAGGUCCCAUCGACAUCUCACGCAAAUUCAUCAAGAGGUUGCAAUCUUGUGACAACGCCCGUACUGGCAAGUUGCGUGUUUGGGACUACGGAUAUGACUGGAGACUCAGCCCUCAUCUACUAUCUCGAAAACUUCAAGAAUUUCUUCAAAAGCUGCCUUCAAACCAGCCCGGGAACCCAUCCCAAGCUCGGGGCGCCCUCGUCAUUGCUCACAGCCUAGGCGGUAUCAUCACACGCCACGCCGUCAAUCAAAGACCAGACCUUUUUUCUUCGGUCCUGUAUUGCGGAACUCCGCAGACGUGCAUCAACAUCCUCAACCCUAUGCGCCAUGGUGACGUCGUCCUCUUCAACGAGAAGCUCCUGACAGCCCAGGUCAACUUCUCUAUUCGCACCUCCUUUGUCUUCCUCCCGGAGAAUGGGUUCUGCUUCGUUGACAAAAACACUGGCGAAGGGUAUCCCAUUGACUUCUUCGAUCCUCAGGAGUGGAUCAAGUGGCAUCUAAGCCCAUGCAUGCAGCCGACUCUGCCGGCUUACAACCGCCAACACUCGUCCUCGUUUUCGUCCCGAAUCCACUCACUGAGGCCUCGAUCAGACAGCAAGGCCGACAAACAGCCGCCGUCGCCCACGACAGCUAACCACAACCCACUCACACCGCAACUCAAUGGGGGCGCCGCCCAUCACGAUGAGCCUGCGCCUUCGGACCCCGAACGAGAGCGCUAUCUCAAGUACCUAACCAAGACGCUCACCAGAGUUCGUCAGUUCCGCUCCGAACUCGCCCACUCCCCUGCGCACCAGGACGCCAACGCCUACCCGCCCCUAGCUCUCAUCUAUGGAAAGAGUAUCCCCACUGUAUACGGCGCUCAGGUUACUCACCGGGACGGGAUCCGCUGCCAAGACGCCUACGACGACCUCCUCUUCCGGCCAGGUGACGGUGUUGUGCUGGCCAAGGAAGCCAUGCUCCCGGACGGUUACUCUCUCGUCCGUGGCGGCCGCGUGUGCACCGAACGCGGUCACAUCACCAUGCUCGGCGACAUGCCGGCGAUGGGGCGCGCCCUUGAAGCCUUGCUCAGGGGUCGUCGCAAGGGCAUUGGCCUGGGAGUUGGGCGUGCCGAGAACUAG